GCUGAGAGCUGAGCUGAAGAUCAGUCGGCUUCUCUCCUCGGUGCAGUCCAGUCCAAACCAUGAUGGUCUACGUAGUUCUGCUGUGGUUCUGUGUUUGCUUCAUCCUCCUUCAACUUAAACCUCGGAGACCCCAAAACUUCCCACCAGGACCCCCCGCCCUGCCGAUACUGGGUAACCUUUUACACCUAACGUCAAAGAACCCCUUAAAGGACUUUGAGAAGCUGAGACAGUCUUAUGGAUAUGUCUACAGUCUGUUCAUCGGGUCCAAACCUGCUGUGGUCAUCAAUGGGUUCAAGACCAUGAAAGAAGCAAUGGUGGUCAAGGCCACUGAUUUUGCUGGACGACCCCAAAAUCUUUUUGUCAACGACCUAACGCAGAGUAAAGGAAUGAUUAUGGCCGAUUACGGCUCCUUUUGGAGGGACCAUCGUCGUUUUGCUCUGAUGACUCUGAAAAACUUUGGUCUAGGAAAGAAAUCCAUGGAAGAGAGAAUCCAUGAAGAGAUCAAAUUCACCAUUAAAACCCUGGAAAAAAGCAUUGGCAAAACUCUAAGUCCUCAGGUGAUGUUUCACUUUGCAACCUCCAACAUCAUCUGUAAGGUUCUGUUUGGGACUCGUUAUGAGUACGAUGACGAGACGAUCAGAGUGAUCAUUCGGUGUUUCACCGAGAUAAAUAAAACAGUCAACGGGCUGUGGGCCAUGUUGUACGAUUCUGUUCCUUUAGUCCGUCACCUACCACUUCCCUUCAACAAAGCCUUUGAAAACAUGGAGACUUUUCUGAGUAUAUCAACCCGUUUUGUCAACGAGCACAAGGAGAGCAGAAUCCCCGGAGAGCCACGAGAUUUUGUCGACUGCUACCUGGAUGAACUGGACAAGAAAAGAGAGGAUUCGUUUUUUUCUGAGGAACAACUCAGAAGGAUCAACUUUGAUCUGUAUCUUGCUGGGACCGACACCGUGUCCAGCACUCUCCUAACUGGGUUUCUGUACCUCACAAACUAUCCUCAUAUACAAGAUAGAUGUCAGGAGGAGAUCGACCGGGUUUUGGAAGGAAAGGAUCGUGUCACAUUUGAGGACAGACACAACAUGCCAUAUGUGCAGGCUGUGAUCCAUGAAAUCCAGAGAGUUGCCAACAUCGUUCCUCUCAGCACCUUCCACUGCACGACAAAAGACACAGAACUGAUGGGAUAUUCUAUUCCCAGGAAUACAAUCAUCAUCCAGAACUUGACAUCAGUGUUGAAGGAGGAGGGUCAGUGGAAAUUUCCUCAAGAGUUUGAUCCUGAAAACUUCUUAAAUGAGCAGGGAGAGUUUGUCAAACCAGAGGCCUUCCUGCCUUUCUCUGCAGGUCCUCGGAUGUGUCCUGGAGAGGGUCUGGCCCGUAUGGAGCUCUUCCUCAUGACGGUGACCCUGCUGAGGACGUUUAAGUUCAUCUGGCCGGAGGAUGCUGGAGAACCAGACUUCACUCCAGUUUUUGGGGCAACUUUGAGUCCAAAGCCUUACAACAUGGAGGUCCAGCUGAGGUCCAAGCAGUGAAGUGGUGCGAAGAGGCUCUGCAGAAACAGAUGAAAGAACUAAACAAUUCAUCAAUAGUUGUGUCAUAUGGUCACAACUGUUGUGUUGACAAAAAUUCAGAAACUUCAAGAA